GAAUGGAAUAGUUUGUUCGAAGGAAUACUUACAUAAGAACUUACUCUUACAUACUUGGGUAACUCGGCAGGUAGGGCGCAGCUUUGGUGGAGAUUAAUAGGUAUGAAUGCAUAUCGUCACUAUGGUGUUCUUGUGGCAGCCAAGAUGCAGAACAACACCCUCCAAAGCGUCACAAACGUUACAUCGAAGAGACAAGGCAGACCGACCGCCGGCGAGCGAUAGAUAUCUUCACCCUCAACCACAUGUGGGAUUUUGGCAUGUACGAGCGAAGGUUUGUUCAAGGCUCCGCGGACUCUGGAGCCGGUGGAAGGCACGCACACACACACACACACACACACACACAGCAUAUUGAGCCACGACACAUCAAGCCACGACAGCUGAGCAGGCUGAGCGAUGGGCUUCUCGUGGAGAGAGAGGUAACUACAUCAGUAGUUACUCUGGAAGCAGCGGAAGGUGGAGUAGAGUUAAGCGUAUGAUGGCACUGUGCUU